AUAACUGCAGUUGAUUUAUUUUUUCUCAAUUUCGCGGGUGCUCACUUCAAAGGAUCCCGGUACGUGAGAAAAAGAAACAACAGAAGAGAAGAGAACUGUGGAAUGGAGCAAGAGGUACAACUACAACUACAACUACAACUACACAAAUUGCAUUGCAUAAAAUCAGAGGAAACACUGAAUCAUAUCCUCUCCACUCUCUGGAACACAAGGAAAACCGGUCUUCCUCCCUCCCAAAAAUCCCAUUUUCAAUCUCUUCUCAACCUCUCUUCAUCUUCCCAACUCGAUCCUCUUUUGGCUUCUCUUCGUUGGCUUAUCAGAAUAUUCGUUUCUCGAAAUCUCACUCAUGAUCAGCUUCUCAAAUUCUUUCCUCCUCAUCUUCCGCUACAGUUGCAGACUAUUCUUUUACUCUCUUUUCAGAAUAAUCGAGAUUGCUGGAACCAUGAUUUUUCUCAACAACAGGAUUUGUUGCAAUGGACAGAUGCUUCCUGUCAGGUCAGAACAAAUGUCCAUCCAUCAUUUUCCUCUGAACCUUCUUCCUCGAUGUCAACAUCUUUGUGGCCUCGCCAAGACAGUGAUUCUCUUGCUCGGCUGAACUGCGGUGAUUUGGGUGUACCAACAUCACCUGUUGCUGAAGUUAAUGUGUCAGGGCUGCCCACAUGCUUCCAAUGUGAUAUUACUUCCUCUGAGAACUUGGUUCUUGAGGAAAGCCUUCCUCACCUCAAAUCAAUGACUUGGACCAUGGAGAGUCGUGGCUCAUCCCCUGCGGAGAGAGUGGCUAUAAUCAGCCUUAAGCUGCAUGAUUAUAGCAAGUCUACAGCAGGCGAAACAGAUGUUAAGUUUCAGCUUACAAGGGAUACACUUGAGACUAUGCUGAAAUCCAUGACAUUCGUCGGUGAACGCCUACGUGCUGUUGAAACUUCUUCGAGGCUAGCAAACAAGAAACAAAAGCAGUAACUUGUUUUCUUGUAAUUGGCUUAUAAGUUAGGCAUGCUUAGAAAUAUGAACAUAGUAUAUCAUACUUCUAAACAACAAAAAUGAAAAAUUUAGCUAGUAAAAGAGAACAUAGCUCUGGCUUGUGAUGUCAUUUUCUUUUAGGGAGUAAACUUUCUGUUUGUUGUAAACAGUUUCUCUCUCAUAAGAUAGAUUUGUUACAAGUGAAGAUGUGUUUACCGUGCUUUGUGUUUUAAAUUUUUGUUUACUUCGUGACAAUAAUAAUUCGGGAACCAUAAUCUGCAUACUGUAUAGAAAA